AUGACUGCUGCUCCAUUAAUACAAAUGAAUAAUCCAUUACCAAAUGAACCAACAUCAAAUAUUGUUUCGUCGAUGAACUCUAUGAAUUCUACUACAAAAAAUGGUACCAUGAAACCAAUACCGACAAAUUCAACAAAUUCAACAAAUUCUCCCUCUCCUACUGAAACUUCACCAAGAACUAAUUCAACUAUGACUUCAACAAUGAAUUCACCAACAAAUGGAGCUUAUCCGGUUAAAUUGGAAAAUAAUGAAUCUUCACAAGUGUUUUUAAAACCAAUUCUAAAUGGAUAUUCAAAUCAACCUCUAAGUAACAGGAACAACAUUACGAACGGUACAUAUCCUGUUUUCAAUCCUAUUACUAAUAGCACUAGUAAUACCAGUACCAGUACCAAUAAUAAUAAUAAUAAUAAUAAUAAUAAUAAUAAUAAUGAUUUCAAUACCACUUCAAGUAGCCGUUCAAGUAGUGUGAUUUCAAGCUCAAACAAUAAUAACAUGGCAAUAAAGUUACCACCUAUCUCAUCAUUUGAUAGUCUCAUAUUAGCUGCUCAAACUUCUUCAAAUCCAAAUACUAGAAGAUCAAACUCUCUUUUUGCAAACUUUAUGUCUCCACAACAACCUCCAUUAUCUUCAAUGAGCAAUCACAUAUACAGCCCAAUAAUUGAAAACCAAACAAAGAAUAGUUCAAUAACAUUAAAUGAGCCAUCACCUAUGCAUUGCAAUAAUGGUGCUUUGAAGUCAUUGAACAUAUUACCAAGAACAAGAUCUGCUUCCACUGUAAAUAUUCCAGGUUUCUCAUCCUUAUUAUCGAACUCUUUUCAAAACAGUAAUUUGUCAACUCCAAUAUCUACACCUUCUUCAUCUUUAAACGUUUCAAUAGCACCAUCCCCAUUAGUAUCUUCUUGUUCAUCUCCAACAGACACAGAUAAUGAUAGUACAAUCAGACGCAGUAGUACUAGCAUUAAGAAUAUUAGAACACCAAUGGUCAAUAAACUAAGAACUAAUAAAAAUAGUGAUGGUUCCAUUAGUAUUUCUAACAGUAACGCUAAUAACAGUAAAUCAAGAAAAAAGAAACAAUGUCCAACAUGUUUAAAUUAUUAUGCAAAUUUAUCCACACAUAAAUCCACACAUUUAACACCUGAAGAUAGGCCACAUAAAUGUCCCAUUUGUGAACGUGGAUUCGCUCGUAAUAAUGAUCUAAUCAGACAUAAGAAACGUCAUUGGAAAGACGAAUUCAUUAAGGACAAAUUCAAAAUCCUACAAGAUUCUGAUAAUCCAACGAAUGCCGUUGCUGGUGCAGCUGGUAGUAAUAAUAAUCUGACAACUAAACAACAAAGAGAUUUGUUGAAGAAGGAUCAAUUGAAAUCUUUACAUCAAAUUAAAGGAGCCUUUAAAUGUCCUUAUAAUAAAUCUUUAAUCAAUUUGGAUAUGGAAAUAUACCCUGAGAAGAAAAAGGAAGUGUUGAACUUUACACCCUUAAGUUGUCAUCAAACAGGUGUCUUUUCACGUUGUGAUACUUACAAGAAUCAUUUAAAGGCUUUACAUUUUGAAUAUCCUCCAAGGACAAGAAAAGAAGAUAGAGGCGUUGUUCCUGGAAGAUGCAAACAUUGUGGCAUGGGGUUCGUUAAUGUAGAUGUUUGGUUAAAUAAGCAUGUUGGUAAAGAGUGUGGUUAUUAUUAUCAUUGA